AUGACAGUAAAACCCAAGCACGAAUCCUCUUCGUCAGAAGAGGACAUUCCUCUCAAAGCUACCGUAAGUAACACUAAAGCAAGUACCCUGAAGAAGGUGAAAAAGGUUCGAAAGGUUGCACCUAAAAAGGAGGAGAGCAGUGAGGAGGAAGAUGACGAAGCUUUGUCAAAGGCUGUAAAGAAAAGGAAGAAAGUAAGGAAGGAGAACGCCUCGAAAACCAAGAAAAUAAAAAUUGAAGAUGCAAUAGACAGUAAGGUUGAGAAAACUAAUCCUGAUGAUAAAAGCGAUGAUAGCGAUACGUUUAGAUGGUGGGAGCAGGAGGAAAAUGGAGAUAAUACUGUAAAAUGGGUAACCUUGAGGCAUAAUGGGGUCAUGUUCCCUCCUGAAUAUGUGCCAUUACCUUCUCAUGUCAAGUUAUAUUACGACGGCAAACCUGUUGAUCUUCCUCCUCAAGCAGAGGAAGUGGCAGGUUUCUUUGGAGGUCUAUUAGAAUCCGAUCAUGCUAAGAACCCUGUAUUCCAAAAGAAUUUCUUCAAGGAUUUUCUCGAUGUAUUGAAUGAAAAUGGUGGGACGAGGAAUAAUAUUGAAAUAAAGUCGUUUGAGAAGUGCGAUUUUACCAAGAUGUUCGAGUAUUACCAACUGCAAAGAGAAGAGAAAAAAAGGCUGACUCCACAAGAGAAAAAACUAAUAAAAUUAGAGAAAGACAAGCUAGAAGAGCCGUAUAAAUUCUGUUAUUUAGAUGGUCGAAAAGAGCAAGUUGGAAACUUUAAGCUAGAGCCGCCUGAUUUAUUUAGAGGUCGUGGGGCUCAUCCCAAAACUGGAAAAUUAAAAAGAAGAGUUUAUCCUGAAGAUAUUGUAUUAAACUUAGAUAAGGACGCUCCAAUUCCGGUUCCUCCUGCUGGGCAUAAGUGGGGCGAAAUCAGACAUGACAAUACAGUUCAAUGGUUGUGUAUGUGGAGAGAGAACAUUUCCAAUUCCUUCAAAUAUGUGAGGUUAGCUGCAAAUUCUUCGCUUAAAGGUAUGAGUGAUUACAAGAAAUUCGAAAAGGCUAGGGAGUUGAAAAAAUAUAUCGACUUGAUCAGAGCAGAAUAUACUAAAAAUCUUAAGAGUAAAGUUAUGCUUGAACGACAAAUCUCUGUUGCAACUUAUUUGAUAGAUGUGUUUGCUUUAAGAGCAGGAGGUGAGAAAUCUGAAGAUGAGGCAGACACUGUGGGUUGCUGUUCUUUAAGAUAUGAGCAUGUUACCUUGAAGCCCCCAACAACUGUGGUGUUUGACUUUUUGGGUAAGGAUUCAAUCCGGUACUAUCAGGAGGUGGAGGUUAAUAAGCAAGUCUUCAAGAAUUUGUCUAUUUUUAAAAGACCACCUAAGCAACCGGGUCACCAGUUGUUUGAUAGGCUAGACCCCUCAAUUUUAAACAAGCAUUUACAAAAUUACAUGCCUGGCCUUACUGCGAAGGUUUUCCGUACCUUCAAUGCUUCUAAGACGAUGCAAGAUCAAUUAGAUUUAAUACCUAAUGAAGGUACCAUCGCCGAAAAGUUGAUGAGAUACAAUGCAGCAAAUAGAAAAGUGGCAAUUUUGUGUAAUCACCAGAGGACCGUAACUAGGGGUCAUGUUACAUCUGUGCAGAAAGCUACGGAAAAGAUUGAGGAGUUAGAAUGGGCAAAAAUUAGAUACAAAAAGGCCAUCCUUCAAUUGGAUAAAUCACAAUUAAAAAAAGACCCAAAUUUCUUUCGCGAAAUAGAUGAUCUUACCAAUGAGGAGCAGCAGGCGAUACAUAAAAGACUAAUAGAGCGUGAAAGAGAGAAAUAUAACAAAAAGUUUAUUCGAGAAAACGAUAAGAGAAAAUUUGAAAAUGAAGAACUGCUACCCGAAUCUGAUUUGCAAAGCUGGCUUGCUAGUGUUGAUGAACUAGAAAAACAGUAUGCUGAGGAACUAGAAAGUGGCAUAGUGACCGUAAAGCCCGCCUUACAGGAUGUUGAUAAAUUGAGGUCACAGAUUGAGAAGUUGGAACAGCGGAUUGCUACAAGUUCCCUCCAGUUAAAGGACAAGGAGGAAAACUCUACUGUGGCCUUAAGUACUUCAAAGAUCAGUUAUAUUGAUCCAAGGCUAUCCGUCGCGUUCUGUAAAAAGUAUAAUGUUCCCCUAGAGAAAGUUUUUACCAAAGCUUUAAGAGAAAAAUUUCAGUGGGCAAUUGAGUCUGCUGAUGCAAAUUGGAGGUUUUGCGAAACCUAA